AUGAAGCUCUCUGGCGCACUCGCAGUGUCAGGUCUUGUCACCUCAGCAUGGGCCGCACCCUACAGGAAAGAGACGGAAUACCUGGGUAAGCGUCAAGCAAUUGCAUCUCGUGGCUCAGAGAUCGACAACUCGGCCAUCCCAUUCCAGCCUGUAGGACCUGUCGGCUCAUCAGGCAAUGUGUAUGGAGGCCCGGGGCUGCUUGGAAAUGCAGGUGAUGGCAAGGCACCGCAAGAUGUUGGACCCGGCGUGCCUGCAAAGACUGCUUCGACUCAGCAAGAUGCUGGGCAAUACACCUUAUCCCCAGGCCAGGAGGAAGAUGCAGACCUCGGACUAUAUCUAGACCUCUCGGAGAACUUAAAUCCUCAGGCGAUCCGAGGCAAGAAUGGAGGAAUCGUCUCUGGACCAAGGAAUGAAGAGUAUCAGCGACUGAAUCCAGACAUGCUUGCUCGACCAGGUACAGAUAUGGGCAGCGUUGCAAACGCAAAGUGGCCGAUGGGUCUUUCGAGCGCAAGAUCCGGAACAGGUGGCGGCAACCCCGGCUGGGCACGGCAACAGAACACGAACGAGCUGCCUAUCGCCACCGCAAUGGCAGGUGUCAACAUGCAUCUAGGUCCAAACGCGUACCGAGAGCUUCACUGGCACUCCGCGAACGACACGCGGAUCUCGACAGUCAACCAGAAUGGCGAGACGUUCCUGGAUGAUCUCCAGGCCGGUGAUCUUUGGUUCUUCCCAGCGGGUGUGCCUCAUUCCAUCCAGGCUUCGGAGGAGGGUGUGGAGUUUCUGCUCAUCUUCAAUCAAGGUGACUUCAGUGAGGACGCUACAGACCUUGUUUCGGAGUUGUUUGCCCGCAAUCCCAAGGAGGUAUUGGCAAAGAACUUCCAGGUCGACGUGAGCGUUCUUAAGGAUAUCCCAACAGAGCAACGAUAUAUCUUCAACGGGACACCAUACAAGGGCACAACCGAGGAGGCCCGCAAGGAAGUUGAUGGUCCAGCUGGUGCACUUCCGGCCAACGAGUCUUACAGCUACCACUUAUCAGCUCAAGCACCUUACACCGUGCCAGGUGGCAGCGUCAAAAUCGUUGACCCAACCACCUUCCCAAUAGCAAACAACUUCUCCGCGGCUCUCUUCACUGUCGAGCCCGGCGCUAUGCGUGAGAUCCAUUGGCACUUGACGUCCAACGAGUGGAACUUCCUCAUCCAAGGUCAGGGUCGAGUGACAGUGUUCCAAGGACCACAAGCCUCACGCACUUUCGACUUUACCGCUGGCGAUGUCGGUUACAUUCCAGUCGCUGACUCGCAUUACAUCGAGAACACCGGUAACGAGACCUUGGUAUACCUGGAAGUUCUGCAGGCACCACGAUACAUCGAUAUCAGCGCCGCCCAGUGGCUUGGCUUGACGCCCGGCCAGGUUGUCAAAGAUACGUUGAAUGUGCCACAGAGCUUCAUCGAUACUCUGCCGAAGACGAAGAGGUAUAUCGUGCCCGGUAAUCCAGAUCUGCUGACCACGAACUUUACCGUGGCGGACUAUCCUAAUGCGAAGUUCAACGCGACUGGUACACAGGCUAAGAGCACUGGCGCUGAGCGCAGUUCGUAG